AUGAUUAACCGUUUAAUUUGCCUUUUUGCUGGGGUGAUCGCUCUGGGAAGCGGCCUCGCAAAUGCCCAUGGCUCACAUUCGAACAAUGAUCAACCCCCGUCCGACGAUUGGGCUACGAGACACAUGAUGGAGGAACACCACAUCGAAGGCUUUGAUGCCCCCUCAUUCUUCUCCAUGCACGAUUACGACUCAUCUGGUCUAUGGACUACCGACGAAGUGCGCCAGACGUACGGAAUGGACGACGAAUCCAAUAACGGCAUGAGCGAGUCCAGCAAGACAGAGGCUAUCCGUCAAGUUUUCGACCUUUUCGAUCCAGAUAACACUGGCUUUAUCUCGAGGGAUGGUUGGUUAAAGGCAGUUGCCGAUGGCGUUCGGCUUCCCGACCUCGGCUUUGGACCCGGGCACCAUGGCGACCUUGAGUACGAAUAUGAGAUCCAUCACUUCGAGAAGUACCACGGGGAGGAUGCUACCGAGGAGGAGUUGAACCACCCGGAGGAUAUUGAGCACUUCCGCCUGCACGAUGAGCUGGAGCGUGCUCAGAUGCGCCUCGAUCAGCUAGAACAGAUGCAGGUUGUUGUGGCUAACAUCCCCGCAAAAUUCCGUCGCAAUUAG